AUGGAUUUGCUUUUUGUGCUCCAGGUGUUUUCAGGUCAGGUGGCUUUUUUGCAUCAUUCAUGCCUCAAAACAUAUGCCUUUCAAUGCUUUGGAUUCUCCUCAUCUGCAUCUCCACAACCCAAUGAGAAAGACACCACCCAGUCUGAAGAUGAGCAAGAGAGCACGGUAGAGAACAAUGAUGCUGUCGCAAAAACAAGUGGAGAUGCUGAAGUUCCUGAUCAAACAGAGGCAUCUGCUUCUGAACAUACUAAAGUUCCUGACCAGAAAGAGGAAUCAGAUUUGGAGAGUGAAUUAUCCAGGGAUGAUCUGGUGAAACUUGUGGUGGAGAAGAAGAAGCUUCUAAGUAUGAAGCUCAAAGAAAGUGAGCAACUGAAAGACAAGGUUCUCCGGACUUAUGCAGAGAUGGAGAAUGUAAUGGAGAGGACAAGACGUGAAGCGGAAAAUGCAAAAAAAUAUGCCAUACAGAGUUUUGCAAAGAGCUUGUUGGACGUAGCAGAUAAUCUGGGUAGGGCUUUUUCAGUUGUAAAGGAGAGUUCUUCAAAGAUUGAUGCUUCUGAAGACAUUGUUGGGGCUGUGCCACUUCUGACAACUCUUUUAGAAGGAGUAGAAAUGACUGAAAAACAGCUUGCACAGGUAUUCCAAAAGUUCGGAGUCGAGAAAUAUGAUCCUACAGACCAACUAUUUGAUCCUCACAGGCAUAAUGCAGUAUUUCAAGUGCCAGAUCCUUCUAAACCUGCUGGUACCGUCGCUGUCGUUUUAAAGUCGGGAUACAUGCUGCAUGACCGAAUUCUUCGGCCAGCUGAAGUAGGCACGACAGUAGCAGAGGAGAAAUAAGGAUGCAGACCAAAACUUUGAAGCUUAGAGGAAUGGUCUAGUAGAAUCCCCUCUGCAUUAUACCAACAAAUCUUGUGGAUCUGCUUGCUGGGGAUGAAUCAAAUCGUGGUGGUUCACCUUGUUAGGUACACCUUCGUUGCUAUUCCUGGUCCCCAUGAAGGAACAGUUUCCUUUUCUUCUCUGAUCUAUUUAUUGUCAUCUUACGAAGAUGGUGCCCGAAACACGCUUUAGAAGUUCGAAAUCUAGUUUUGUAGAAACAGUUUUGACCAUGAAAGGUUUAAUAUUUGGAGAUUUUGUUUUUAAUAAGAGUAUUUGCUGCUUCUUUUGUAAACACAAGAUUGCAUAAGACACUUUUGAAUCUUACACAACUGACCAAAGAAAUUGUGUCCUGUGUAUUAUGCCUGCUAUAACUGAAG